AUGAAAUCAAACAAUCUACCAGUUGACCAGAAACAGAGAAAAUUAACUCAGUUAGCAUCAACACACAACCAAUAUCAACCAUUUUCUUCUUAUUAUCUAUGGUAUCUAAUAGACAGAUUUCAUUUUAUCAUUGAUGAUAUUCAAUCAAUUUUAACAUUUACUAAAAACACUUGCUUUAAUGAAUUUGCGAACGAAUUUAUGAAUGAAAGACAAAAGGCUGAAUUAGAAGGAAAUAAAGGAAAAAGUUUAUUUUGCAAGAUUUCACUUAAUGGAUCAUAUGGUUACGAUGCAAUGAAUACACAAAAUUACACAAAGACUAAAAUAAUGAAUGCACAGAAGGCACGCGUUGCAUGUAUGUCAAAUAAGUUUAAAAACAUAAGAGAAAUAGGUGAAGAUACAUAUCAAAUGAUGCUCAAAGAUAGAUUUUAUAGAUGUGAAACAUGUUUACAAGAGGCAUUCUUCACUUUAGAUAAUGCUAAAUACUGGUAUUUGGUUUUCAUUUAUGAUUUUAUGUAUAAAUGCAUGAAUGUUAAUCGUUUUCAUUUCAUUGAAGGUGAUACUGAUUCAUCUUAUUGGGCAAUCGCUGGCGACCCAAAUCUUCCUAACACUCAAGCAUUUCAAGCAAUUGUUACUGAUAAACAAUUUUAUGAUAAAAACAUUUUCAAAUUCGCACCAUUUGAUUUCUUCUGUUUUGAUGAGAAAUUUAAACCUAAAUUAAAGAAUAAAAGCUGA